AUUGCUGUAUCUGCUGCUGCUACUGCUACUGCUGCCACUGCUGCUGCCGUUCCGUUCCGUACCGUUCCCGUCGCAUAGUAGGCAGCUCAGUUACAAGACCAUUAUUUGACGUAUUUUUUGCCCGCUCGGUUGGCCGUUUGGUUGGUCGCUCGGUACCUCGGUUGGCUGAUCGGUUUGCUCGGCUAUAUCAAUAGCACGCCCAGUCACAAUCCCGGCCCCAGCCCCAGCCUCAACCUCAGCCUCAGCCCCCUUCCGUUGGAGGCUUGGAUACAAAGUGGAUUUGGAAGAGCAUUUCUGCAGUCUCAUCGAAUCGGACUCGCACUCGUACUCGCACUCGCACUCGUUAACCGGGACCGGGUAUCGCAUUCAUGAGCUGGCUCAUUGGCAUUCAUUUGGAUUCGCACGCCGACACCGCCAGUAGUGCGUCCAACGCGGUGGUCACCUCCUUAUCCACAUCCUCCAGUCGAUCGCUGUCCUCCCACGCGCGAGUGAUCCAACCACUUAAAUGUUUCCAAAUCCAAAUCCAAAACCUCUCCUGAAGUGCUAACACAUUUAAGUGUACAUACACCCGUGGAUAUAGACGACGACUUCCCCCCGUGUUCAGUGCUCGAAAGUUCAGUGAAGUUUACAAGUGAAGAUAAUCCAGCAACACCCUAGGACUCGCACUAAGGACUCGACUCUCUGGCAAUCUGGUAAUCUGGUCAAGUUGGUGUUGGUGGCAAGCAAGAUUGCUUCGUUUCGGUGCAGAAUAGUAUGCGAAUUCGUUCACAGUGGAUUCAACGAAUAAAAUGGCCGUUGGACCGACGGAGGGCAAACAGCCGCCUCCAGAGAGCUUCUCGCCCACACACCACCAGAUUAUAGCGCCCAGUCCGAUACUGGCGGUGCCCACACUCGCCUUCUCCGCCGCCCAGGUGGAGAUCGUCUGCAAGACCCUGGAGGACUCGGGCGACAUCGAGCGGCUGGCCCGGUUCCUCUGGAGUCUGCCCGUCGCCCUGCCAAACAUGCACGAGAUACUCAACUGCGAGGCGGUGCUCCGGGCCCGGGCAGUGGUCGCCUAUCAUGUUGGUAACUUCAGGGAACUUUAUGCAAUAAUAGAGAAUCAUAAAUUUACUAAGGCAUCCUAUGGCAAGCUGCAGGCCAUGUGGCUGGAGGCCCACUACAUCGAGGCCGAGAAGUUGCGCGGUCGCUCCCUAGGCCCCGUUGACAAGUAUCGAGUGCGCAAAAAGUUUCCCCUUCCACCGACCAUCUGGGAUGGCGAACAGAAGACGCACUGCUUCAAGGAGCGCACGAGGAGCCUACUGCGCGAAUGGUACCUACAGGAUCCCUAUCCGAACCCCACCAAGAAGCGGGAGCUGGCCAAGGCCACCGGCCUCAAUCCCACGCAAGUGGGCAACUGGUUCAAGAAUCGCCGUCAACGGGAUCGGGCUGCUGCUGCCAAGAAUCGCCUCCAGCACAACCAGAACUCGGGCAUGGGCUGCCGCAGCCGGCGUGCAGAUGGGGCUGCCUCACCCACGCCUUCGGACAGCUCCGACUCGGACAUCUCGCUGGGCACCCACUCGCCCGUGCCCAGCAGCCUGCAGCUGCAACACAGCCCCGGGAGCACUUCGAAUGGAGCCAACGACCGCGAUGAGAGCCUCAGCGUGGAUGACGACAAGCCGCGGGAUCUGAGCAGCUCCCUUCCUCUGGCCUCGCCCGGCCUGACCCCUCCCCAGCUGCCCCACAGCGGAGUGGUGUUCGGUGGAGCGGGUGCUGGUGGGGGUGUUCCUCCGCUGCCCGGACCGGGCUGUCUGCCGCCCUUCAAGCUGGAUGCGGCCACCAGUCUAUUCAGUGCCGGCUGCUACCUGCAAAGCUUUAGCAACCUGAAGGAAAUUUCGCAGCAGUUCCCCAUCCAGCCCAUUGUCCUGCGGCCGCAUCCGCAGCUGCCACAGCUGCCCCAGCCGCUGGCCUUGAACGGAGGCUCCGGCGGGGCACCGCCUCUGCAUCAUCCCGGCUAUGCGGCCUAUGUGGAGUGCGUGCCCAGCCACGCCCAGCAGCACCCACCGCCACCCAAGCUGCGAAUCAACUCCCCAGAGAAGCUCAACUCGACGGCGGUGGCAGCGGCCGCUGCAGGAGCGGGAUCAGGAGGCGGUGGAGCUAAUCCCGGUGCUGUGAACCAUCAUCACCACGAGGCGACCACCACUGGCUACCACCACAGCGGGCAAUUGCUACUGCACAGGCCGUUCUCAACGUCGCCCGAGCUGAAGCACAGUGCUCCAGAGAUCACAUGAUAUCAGCGGGUCUGAGGUGUCGCCCCAUCCGCAUCCGCAUCCCCAUCCCCAUACCUGUCCCCCCGAAGCACUAAGGCCCAGCUAUUCAAAUUGUUUCAAUUCUAAUUCUAAGUUAAAUCUAGUUAAGCGCAUCAUUGGAGCGAGUUCCAGUUCGAGCAAUAACUGAAUCAAGCAAAAUCGACUUUAGCCAGAUCUUUGAUCCGGAAAUCCUACCCUAUAUCGUACCCUAUCCUACCUACCUACCAUAUAUCCAGCAAGUUCCAGUACUCGUACCACAGCACUCGUACCGUAAGCGUCGCACACUCUUCAAAGCCAUUUAAGCCAGUUGGAAAGCGAGUUACAGAUAGGCAUAGUGCAGGAACCAGAGCGAUAUUAUAGAGGAAGAGAGACAGAGAGAAAGAGGCCCUGCCACUUGCGCACUCGGGCAGCUGAAUGUGAACUUGAAUUCGAAACGUUUUCAUUCAAAUUUUUGUGUGUGUACGUAAUUGUAAAUAGAGUUUAAGUAUGCAAAUCAUAGAGCUUACGUAUACAUUUAGAUUGCAAUAAAAACCGAAUGAACAGUUAAGAAUUUAAAUCAUUA